AUGACCGUAUCCACUGCCACGUGUCGUCGGAUGUUCGAAGCGAUCAAAGCGCAGCAUUUGGAGAGGGAACAGGCGAUUUAUGAGCAACACUAUGUACAGUAUUGCUCAUUGUUAGGAGCAUACGUUAGUGCGAUUCGCGAUGAUGUGGUCACUCGUGACCGUAACCCGCUGAUGUUCGACAUUGCCUCGUUCGAAAUUGGACAAUUCAUCCGGAAACAGAAGAACGACGCUGAAAAACGCAGAGACUUCCAGAUUCUGGCAGAUAUCAUUCACAAAUCCAUUGGUGAUAAAUUGAACGUUUUUUGA